GCAGCAGCAACGCGGCUCUGUGCGCCACCUGAAGCUGGAAGGGGAGGACGUCGCCUCACGUCCCCGCUCCUUGGCACCUUAUUAAUCAUUAUUACAGUUCUCUAUCGUGUCUCCGUCUCCUUGGCUCCUCCCCGCACGGGUUAAAUGCCCGCUUGGUGACGCAGGACCAGUUGGACUCUUAUCAUCCUGACAGCAAGCUAUCACCCGGGCUCCGGCUCCAUCCACCAAGCCUCCGCUAUGAAGACCAUUCUAGCUGCAUACUCUGGCACCCUCAAGGGCACCGGCUCUGGCAUCCUCUCUGCCCUGCAGGACUUGUCUGUGGCUUUUUGGCCCUGCAGAUCCAAGAUGGAAAAACAUUUACAGCUCCUCUCCGUGCUGCAGUGGGUUAUUACCUUCUUAGUGCUGGGUGCUGCCUGCACUGUGCUACUGAUCUACAUGUUCUGCACUGACUGCUGGCUUAUUUCUGCCAUUUAUACCGCCUGGCUUAUUGUUGACUGGAACACCCCGAAACAAGGUGGCAGAAGGUCGUCUUGGGUGAGAAACUGGACAGUGUGGACAUAUUUCAGAGACUACUUCCCAAUUAGGCUUAUUAAAACCCACGACCUGCUGCCCAGCCGGAACUACAUCUUUGGCUACCAUCCCCACGGCAUCUUCUGUUUUGGUGCUUUCUGCAACUUUGGGACAGAGGCUACAGGCUUCUCCAAGAAAUUCCCGGGCAUCAAGCCUUCCCUGGCAACCCUGGCUGGAAACUUCCGCUUGCCUGUCCUUCGAGACUAUCUGAUGUCUGGAGGUAUCUGUCCAGUGAACAGGAACUCCAUCGACUACCUGCUGUCGUGUAGCGGGACAGGUAAUGCUGUGGUCAUCGUCGUUGGAGGGGCUGCGGAGUCUCUGCAGUGUGUGCCAGGCAAGAACUCUGUCACCCUGAAGAACCGAAAAGGCUUUGUGAGGCUGGCCCUACAGAAAGGGUCUGACCUGGUUCCAGUGUAUUCCUUCGGAGAGAACGAUUCCUACAAGCAGGUGAUCUUCGAGGAAGGAACCUUAUGGAGAUGUAUCCAAAAGAAGUUACAGAAGAUCCUAGGCUUUGCCCCGUGUCUUUUCCAUGGAUGUGGCCUCUUCUUCGGCAACUCCUGGGGCAUUGCGCCUUAUUGCAAACCUAUCACCACCAUAGUUGGGGAGCCAAUCACAGUGCCAAAAAUUGAGGCUCCGACUGAGGAGGUAGUGGAAAUGUACCAUGCAAUGUACAUCCGGUCCCUCAAGUGCCUUUUUGACAAGUACAAGACCCGCUUUGGCCUGAAAGAGAGUGAAGUCCUGUACAUCCAUUGAAGGGACGAGGGGGAGCUGGAAAGAGAGAAGUGCCAAUGCUUUUGUUGUCUUUCACUCAUGCAGCCAAAUAAUUCCCCCUAAGCUCUUUUAAGAUAUUAUAUGCUUAUCGCACAAACAAUGCAAAUGGAAGAUACCACUUCAUUAUUGGGAUAAUAAGCCCAAAGUUUAAUUGAGCCAAAGACCUACGUUUUCCUCGCACAUACAUGUAUUUCUACUGUAUAAAUGCCAAAGGUGAAAGGAUUUCUACAGGAUCGAUUCAUAUUGUGAAUGCACAGCACAUGUGAUUGUAUAAUGCCAUAAAGUAUUAAUUGUAUAAUGUAGGGAGGAACAAGCCUAUUUUUUGUGCUUGCCCCUCAAUGGAUUUUUCUGAUGCACUUUUUGUAUUUCUAAUUACCUUCUGAGGGUUUUUGUGCCUUUUUUUAUGAGUAUUUCUAAAGACAGUCAUUGAUUUCCCUUACUUUUCUCACUGGUGCCUAGGUCUGGAUGGAUGGGUUUUGUUUAUGCAACAACAACUUCAGUAACGUAUUGUAUAUUGAUGUCAAGGUUCUGAGCUACAGUUGAAAAAGUUAAUAGGUAAAUGUUUUGUGGGUGGAACUCCUGAAUUGUUUGAUUCCAGUGUGCAGUGGACCUCUUUUUUUAACCGCACCAUUUGUGAUGAUUAAAAAGGAAAGGAUUACACCGGUCUUAUUACUGUUGUUAAGUUUGAGGGUGUCACUAGUACUU